AUGCAAGUAACUAUUUCAAUAGACUGUUUAUGAUGUUACUGCGACAACUGUAGAUGUAGCUAGUAAAUUCACUCUGGCUAUCUACUCCGAUUUCAGAGCACUCUCAUCUGUAUGUGCCAGAGCGCAGAAUAACUGACAAAUUGAUGAACGCUCAACAACCUUUGAAUAUGGCCGGUGUCAGUAAACGUUGGCAAAAAAGCUUAAUAAUUGUUUUGCCAGCUGCACAGUUGCAGUCACCAACGCUCUGGAUAACAUAAAAACAGCCUAACCAGCUCUGCUAGGGUGAGUAAAAUGAGCUGUUCUCUCAUUUAUGUCUGGAAGUAGCUAGCCAAGGUUAGCCAGUUAGCUUGGGUGCUUGACUGCUGUUGUUAGGUCAGAACGCUCGGAUCAACCCUACUCCUCAGCCACAGUGUCCAGUGUGCGAAUGGGGCCUGCUUUACGGGCUCCUGACCAAUUGUGCUAUUUUGUGUAUUUAUUUGCCCUGAUCUUAACUUUUUUUCUACAUAAUGUUUCUGCCAUCGUUUCCUAUGACGGUAAAUAGCUUCUGGACAUCAGAACAGCUAUCACUAACCUCGAUUUGGACGGGAACAUCUAUUUCAAUGAGCCGGAGGUGAAAGACAUUGAUUACUCCCCUCACCUGCUUGUAUAGGUCUUAAUUGAAAGGAAAAACCCAAAACCUGCAAACACUAGGCCCUCCACUAGGAAUGAAUUUGACACCCCUGGUUUAUAUACAUCCUGAUUGCCUAGCCACUUUUACACCUACCCACAUGUACAUACUGUAUUACCUCAAUUACCUCAACUACCUCGUACCCCUGCACAUUGACUCGGUACAGGUACUCCUUGUAUACAGCCUCAUUAUAGUUUUUAUUGUGUUACUAUUUCCUUUUUUAUUUUUUGGGUGAAAUAUUUGUCUUUCUUUUUAACUCUGCACUGUUGGGAAUGGGCUUGUAGGUAAGCAUUUCACUGUAAAGUCUACACUUGUUGUAUUAUGCGCAUGUGACCAAUAACAUUUUAUUUGACGCACCUUGCCGACGGCUGAAGGGUCUAUAUGUCUCUUACUGGAGGCUGGGCUUGGGUACCCUCCUGUUGGCCAAUAUUUGUCUUACACCUAGAGUACAGUCCAGUGCUGUGAAUGGUUGUGUUGGGCUGAGCUGUGUCUGGCACCACUGGGCUGAGCUGGGCUGGUUCUGUCACCUCUGGGCUGAGCUGGAUUGGUUCUGGCACCGCUGGAUUGAGGUGGGAUAGUUCUGGCACCACUGGGCUGGGCAGAGCUGGAUCUGGCACCGCCAGGCUGAGCUGGGUUGGUUCUGGCACUGCUGGGCUGAGCUGGGUUGGUUCUGGCACUGCUGGGCUGAGCUGGUUCUGGUACUGCCUUGCUGAGCUGGGUUGGUUCUGGCACCGUUGAGCUGGACUGGGUCUGGGCUCGGACAUGUUGGCAGGGGCUAGAGAUGUCUGUGUCUGUCUGAAUUGUUUUCUCUUGCUUUUGUAAGUUUAGGUACUUAUUUUCCUCUCCUUUGUCCUGUCCUUUUUGAUUUGUCAUUUUUGUUAUUUGUUAGCUAGGUUUUUUAGCUAACAGCAGGUAGCCAGUAGCUAUAAACUCUAUUAGCAAAUCCCUAGCAACGUGUAAACAACUGUUAGCUUGUUAGCUAUCCAGUUGAGUUAUCAGGAUAAAGUUGUUUUCUUCAUUUUUUCAAAUGUACUCUUCCUCUUAAUCAUUUGAAAUAUGAUAUAUAAUACUAGAUACCCCCCAUAGUAAAAACCUUGGCUUAGGUUAAAGUACUUAUUUUCCUCUGUCCUUACUCCUUGGCUCCAUAGGAUGUGCUGUACUGUACUGUACUGUUCUAUGCUAUGAUAUGCUCCCAUCUGUUGGCGUUUAGCAACAGCUCUCCCACCCCCGUGCUGAUCACCAGUCCACAUUAACCAGGCUAAUUUGUCUGCCAAAGCCCCCUCUGAUUGCUACCAUGUGAUGUCAUGUGAAAGGUGAGGGAUGCCCACUUAUCUGUAGAGAGAGGGAGAGAGAGAGAGCGGGGGUUGAGGGAGGCAGAAGGGCAAAGGGGAAGAGAGAAAGAAAAGAAGGUGGAGAAAAUAAGAAAAAAAGACAGAUUAAGAGAAAGAGAGUCACUUUAUCCCUACCUAUAUGUACAUAUCUACCUCAAUUACCUCGUAACCCUGCACGCGACUUGUACUGCUACCCCUUGUACAUAGCCAAGGUAUUGUUGCUCAUUGUGCUUUGUCUCUGCGACAGGCAGGCGAGACCCACACUGAUAAAGACGAUCAGGGAGUUGUUCCAUCUUCGUGGAGGAUUCCUACGGUACGUGCUGCCGACGCUCCGCUCAGUAUAGCCUCUCUUGGAACACUGUACAAACUUCCCCCUCAAACCACACUCUGGCUAGAAAAUGUGGAAGAUGCCUUUAGGCACAGACCUAGGUUCAGCUUACCCUAACCUAAACCAUUAGGGUUGGAAAAUUGUGGCUAGGGGCAACUUCCUCCCACCUUCCUUCACCACCAUAGGAAGACCACUGCAUUCAGUCAGAGCUCCAUUCCAGCAGUAAGACUUCUCAACGAACCCACACCAAUCCAAACAACCUGGGGCUGAACAGCAGACAUGACUUGGCUUGGGGCCUGGUGCUCCAGGCCUGUCAGUUUAUCCAGCCACUGAGCCAAGAUCGGACAUGGGACUGUGAUAUACAAAAAUGCUGAUGUAGUGUUAAAAAAAGCCAGUUCGCAUGUCCAGGUAGUAAGAGCAUUGGGAGUUUUCUAUGGCACGUUAUGGACUUAAUCGUUCGAACCCUGACCCUGAGAAAGUACUGUAAAUCAAUUGAAAGUGAGUCAAAACAGAAGUACGGAGGAAGAGGUAGUCAAACUCGACAUCAAAUAUAUCUCACAGUGACAAUAAACAUAUUCAGUCCUCGAUUUAUAAACGCAAUAAUACAUUCAAAUAACGGAGGACCAGACGCAGGCCCGAUGAGAGCAAGAGAGGACAUUUUUAAAGGGAACGUUUCCUGAGGGACCAGAAAGCAGGCCCCCUUUCACCAGAGGAAGUCCUGGACAACUGUGGUCCUUGUGUGUGCCAAGGAAAGCAGGAGUCAGGCUCGAGGUUCAACAACACGGGCACCAGUGAAAAUACAGGCAGCGCACCAACGUAUCAAACCAAAUAAACCGACCUUAGAGCGGAGCGAGGAGGCACACUUUGAUGACAGAUGCCACUAGCCGGCCGCUCCCAGGCCAAUAAACCAGGGAGGGAUAUACAGCGCUUGCAGGAUGGGAGCUGGCAAGUGCUAGCGAUGCUAAUAUGAGUCUUUUUUUCACACUGUAGCGUCCAAGCAGUGGUGGAAAAAGUACCCAAUUAUCAUACUUGAGUAAAAGUAAAGAUACCUUAAUAGAAAAUGACUCAAGUAAUAGUGAAAGUCACCCAGUAAAAUAUUACUUGAGUGAACGUCUAAAAGUAUUUGGUUUUAAAUAUACUUAAGUAUCAAAAGUAUAAAUAAUUUAAAAUUCCCUAUAUUAAGCAAGCGAGAUGGCACCCUGUUUUUAUUUAUUUGUAUUUACGGAUAGCCAGGGGCUAUCUCCAACACUCAGACAUAAUUUACAAAUUAAGCAUUUGUGCUUAGUGACUCUGCCAGAUCAGAGGCAGUAGGGAUGACCAGGGAUGUUAUCUCGAUAAGUGUGUGAAUUGGACAAUUUUCCUGUCCUGCUAAGCAUUCAAAAUGUAAUGAGUACAGGGAAAAUGUAUGGAGUAUAAAGUACAAUAUUUUCUUUAGGAAAGUAAAGUGCAUAUACCCCAAAAAAUGACUUAAGUAGUACUUUAAAGUAUUUUUUACUUAAGUACUUUACACCACUGUGUCCAAGCAUUCGGGCUCUCCACACAUCGAUGCUACAUUUAAUGCUAGUUGUAGUGUUGCUGAUUAACAAUAAAAUAUAAUGUAGCAGCCGAACAUGGAAAGUAUAGUGCAUUGAUUCCGUCUUUCUUCACACGGAUGCUACAUUUAAGCUAAUGGUAGUUGCAGCCUAGCUGAUUUACAUGCCACACCAUUAACAGCCCACUGAGCACACCACGUCAUUUCAAUGUGGAAAUUCGGGUAAUAUUGUUUGAGACGUUGAUCAGUGAGAUUUCAAUCUUUAUUUACCCACUUAAAAAAGACAGCCAGAAGUUUGUUGAAUUCCCAAUGUGUUAUCACUAUGCUUUCAACCAUUUAAAAGCACAACGGAAAAACAAUGUCUGAUUUUUUUGUUUUGUUCAGUUGUCAUCUAGAUGUGUUAUCACUUUCAACCGUUUAAAAGCACAACAAAGUUAAAAUGGGAAUACGAUGUCAGAUGUUUUGUAUUUAUACAACAACUUAAUGUGUUAUCACUGUGCUUCAUCUAAUAGCACAACCAAAUGACCUGGAUUGCAGUUGAGAUUACAUUAAAAGUACAUAGUGCAAAUCAUCAAUGCUGUUCAAGAUUAUGCGCAAAUUAUUAUAGCAAUUGUGAAGAUCUCCACAGACCUACGACCUUUGAAUGCUCUGUUGAACACCCUUUCUAUGAUUACAUAAGAAGACAUUUGUAGUUUGUGUAUCCUCAAAAUGUGGCCAUCGAUUUGUUACUCAUUUUAAGGUUGAAUAAAUACUGUUACAUUAGUUUGUAAAAUAGGCUUAACUUUGGGCUAUUUACUGUAUUACAAAAGCAAUAUUGAAUUGUGUUUGGUUGUCAAUGCAGUCAAAUAUCAACAUUUGAAGGAGAUGUAUCUUUUGUGCCACUGACAGUGUGUCUACAAAUUAACAAUACGUUAGAUUCAAAUCUCCAUCUCAAACAAAAAUCGAAGUUAAGGAAUAGGACUGAAUCAAACAACUUUAUUUAAAGUGCAUUUAAAGUUUGAUUUGAUUUAGUCGUAUUCUUUAACUUUUUGGUUGAGAUGGAGACGUGAAUCCAACAUAUUCAUUAUUAACUUGAAGAUUAAAUUAGAAAUCAACCAAAGCUUGAAACCCUAGGCCUAUAUUGUCUAUUUUUAGUUGAACCCUGGGUUGAAACUAAAACAAUAGCUGUUAUGACUUCGCAAAUGCUAUAUACAGUGAGGGAAAAAAGUAUUUGAUUCCCUGCUGGUUUUGUACGUUACUUAUUUCCCUCAUUAAAAUGCUAAUCAAUUUAUAACAUUUUUGACAUGCGUUUUUCUGGAUUUUUUUGUUGUUAUUCUGUCUCUCACUGUUCAAAUAAACCUACCAUUAAAAUUAUAGACUGAUCAUUUCAUUGUCAGUGGGCAAAAGUACAAAAUCAGCAGGGGAUCAAAUACUUUUUUCCCUCACUGUAAGCCUAAAUAGUAUCAUUGACAAUAUGCAGUAUGACUUAUAAAGUAUGUUUACAUUUUGGUCUCACUUUAAAUGAUGUGCAGCUUAUAAAGGCUUCAUAAAGCCUUCAUAAAGCAUUACACUACAUAAAUGUGUCACAAAUCAUCUAUAACCAUAUGUCAUGCUCUAUAAAGGGUUCAUAAAUGUGUUAUAACUGUGUGACAUAACCACCUACAGUACCAGUCAAAAGUUUGGACACACCUACUCAUUCAAGGGUUUUCUUUAUUUUUACUAUUUUUUACAUUGUAGAAUAAUAGUGAAGACAUCAAAACCAUGAAAUAACACAUAUGGAAUCAUGUAAUAAACAAAAAAGUGUUAAGCAAAUCAAAGUAGAUUUUAAAUUUGAGAAUCUUCAUAUAGCCACCUUUUGCCUUGAUGACAGUUUUGGACACUCUUGGCAUUCUCUCAACCAGCUUCACCUGGAAUGCUUUUUCAACAGUCUUGAAGGAGUUCCCACAUAUGCUGAGCACUUGUUGGAUGCUUUUCCUUCACUCUGCCGUCCGACUCAUCCCAAACCAUCUCAAUUUGGUUGAUGUCGGGGGAUUGUGGAGGCCAGGUCAUCUGAUGCAGCACUCCAUCACUCUCUUUCUUGGUAAAAUAGCCCUUACACAGCCUGGAGGUGUGUUGAGUCAUUGUCCUGUUGAAAAACAAAUGAUAAUCCCACUAAGCCCAAACCAGAUGAGAUGGCGUAUCGCUGUAGAAUGCUGUGGUACUCCUCCUCCUCAAUGCUUUACGGUGGGAAAUACACAUGCAGAGAUCAUCCAUUCACCCACACCUCUUCUCACAAAGACACGGCGGUUGAAACCAAAAAUCUCCAAUUUGGACUCCAGACCAAAGGACACAUUUCCACCGGUCUAAUGUCCAUUGCUCGUGUUUCUUGGCACAAGCAGGUCUCUUCUUCUUAUUGGUGUCCUUUAGUAGUGGUUUCUUUGCAGGAAUUUGACCAUGAAGGCCUGAUUCACACAGUCCCCCUAGCUGGCUAACGGGUAGCUACUGGUAACGUUUAUUGGUAAUUAUCUGUUUAGUGCAAUGGUGGAGAGUGGUCUCCAUGUAUUCAGAUCGUAGGUAGGUCGUUUAUUUAUGUAGUUAUUUAGGUAGUUAUUGUAGGUUUCCGUAGGCAAUUAUUGUAGGUAAGUAUUGUUUACGUAUUGUUUAAGUAUUGUUACGGUGGAGCCCGGCGAAGCACGAGGCUAGCUAGCUAGCGGGUAUCUACUGGUAACGUUUAUUGGUAAUUAUCUGUUUAGUGCAAUGGUGGAGAGUGGUUUCCAAUGUUAAUGUGCUAGCUAAUGUGCUAGCUAGCCAACGUUUAAUUUUUUUGCUGCGUUAUGAAAGGAACUAGACACGGUCAUGAAUUAUCUGUUUAGUGUGUUAACACACUCUUGGUAUGCUAGCUAGCCAGCGGGUAGCUACUGGUAACGUCUAUUGGUAAUUAUCUGUUUAGUGCAACGGUGGAGAGUUGUUUCCAAUGUUAAUGUGCUAGCUAGCCAACGUUUAAACUGUGUGUUAUUGGAUGCUAGCAUGCUAGUUAGCUAUGGCGUCAUAGCUAGGCAUCGUGGGUUGUUGUGGGUAGUUACUGUGGGUUGGCAUUGUUUUUCGGCGGUGCCGAGGGUAGCACGAAGCUAGCUAGCUAGCUAGCCGUUCUUCAAACAAGGUCAACACAGUGGCCAUUGCUAGCUAGCCAACAGACACGGACACGAAUCAUCUGCUUAGUGUGUUAACACACUAUUGGUGGUUUGUUGUGACCAAGUGUUGGUGCUAAACUGUGUUUUUGGAUGCUAGCAUGCUAGUUAGCUAUGGUGUCAUAGUUAGCUAGCUGAAUAAAGUGGGUUGAGUCUAUUCCUUUAAACAUUGAACCGCUGUGGUUCACAACAAUUCUGAUUUCUAAAGGUGGAAGUUGGUAGAGUUUUUGUUCGGGUGGUUCAGUGAAACAAUUAUAGUUUCUGAGGUAGAAGUUUUUGGUGAGGGAGGCCCUGCUCUCUACCCUCCCAGAUGUUUAGUUCAUUUCAUUCCGAUCUCCUCUGCAUUAUUGUAGCCAUUUGCUACAGCCUGUCAACUAUGCCUCUGCCUAUCCCUGUUCUCUCCUCUCUGCACAGGCUACACAAACGCCCCACACCGCGUGGCUGCUGCCUCUCUAACCUGGUGGUCCCUGCACGCACCCCACACCUGGAGUUCCAGGUCUCAGGCAGCCUCUGGAACUGCCGUUCUGCUGCCAACAAAGCUGACUUCAUCCCAGCCUAUGCUAAUCUCCAGUCCCUCGACUUCCUGGCGCUGACGGAAACAUGGAUUACCACUGAACACACUGCUACUCCUACUGCUCUCUCCUCGUCUGACCAUGUGUUCUCGCAUACCCCGAGAGCAUCUGGUCAGAGGGGUGGUGGCACAGGAAUCCUCAUCUCUCCCAAGUGGACAUUCUCAAUUUUUCCCCUAACCCAUCUGUCUAUCUCCUCAUUUGAAUUCCAUGCUGUCACAGUCACUAGCCCAUUUAAGCUUAAUAUCCUUGUCAUCUAUCGCCCCCCAGGUUCCCUUGGAGAGUUCAUCAAUGAGCUUGACGCCUUGAUAAGUUCCUUUCCUGAGGAUGGCUCACCCCUCACAGUUUUGGGGGAUUUCAACCUCCCUACGUCUACCUUUGACUCAUUUCUCUCUGCCUCCUUCUUUCCACUCCUCUCCUCUUUUGACCUCACCCUCUCACCGUCCCCCCCUACUCACAAGGCAGGCAAUACGCUUGACCUCAUCUUUACUAGAUGCUGCUCUUCUACUAAUCUCACUGCAACUCCCCUCCAUGUCUCUGACCACUACUUUGUUUCCUUUUCUCUCUCGCUCUCCUCCCACACUACUCACUCUGCCCCUACACAGAUGGUAAUGCGCCGCCGCAACCUUCGCUCUCUCUCUCCCACUACUCUCUCCUCUUCCAUCCUAUCAUCUCUUCCCUCUGCUCAAUCCUUCUCCCUCCAAUCUCCUGAUUCUGCCUCCUCAACCCUCCUCUCCUCCCUUUCUGCAUCCUUUGACUCUCUGUGUCCCCUAUCCUCCCGGCCGGCUCGGUCCUCCCCUCCAGCUCCGUGGCUUGAUGACUCAUUGCGAGCUCACAGAACAGAGCUUCAUCUGUUUCUGCUGCUAAGGCCACUUUCUACCACUCUAAAUUCCAAGCAUCUGCCUCUAACCCUAGGAAGCUCUUUGCCACAUUUUCCUCCCUGCUGAAUCCCCCCCCCCCCCCCCCCCCCCCUCCUCUCUCUCUGUGGAUGACUUCGUCAACCACUUUGAAAAGAAGGUUGACGACAUUCGAUCCUCGUUUGCUAAGUCUAAUGACACUGCUGGUCCUACUCACACUGCCCUACCCUAUGCUUUGACUUCUUUCUCCCCUCUCUCUCCAGAUAAAAUCCUGCGACUUGUGACGGCCGGCCGCCCAACAACCUGCCCGCUUGACCCCAUCCCCUCCUCUCUUCUCCAGACCAUCUCCGGUGACCUUCUCCCCUACCUCACCUCGCUGAUCAACUCAUCCUUGACCGCUGGCCAUGUCCCUUCCGUCUUCAAGAGAGCGAGAGUUGCUCCCCUUCUCAAAAAACCAACACUCGAUCCCACUGAUGUCAACAACUACAGACCAGUAUCCCUUCUUUCUUUUCUUUCCAAAACUAUUGAGCGUGCCGUCUUUAGCCAACUCUCUUGCUAUCUCUCUCAGAAUGACCUUCUUGAUCCAAACCAGUCAGGUUUCAGGACUGGUCAUUCAACUGAGACUGCUCUUCUCUGUGUCACGGAGGCUCUCCGCACUGCUAAAGCUAACUCUCUCUCCUCUGCUCUUGUCCUUCUAGACCUGUCUGCUGCCUUUGAUACUGUGAACCAUCAGAUCCUCCUCUCCACCCUCUCCGAGCUGGGCAUCUCCGGCGCGGCUCACUCCUGGAUUGCGUCCUACCUGACCGGUCGCUCCUACCAAGUGGCGUGGCGAGAAGCUGUCUCCGCACCACGUGCUCUCACCACUGGUGUCCCCCAGGGCUCAGUUCUAGGCCCUCUCCUUUUCUCCCUAUACACCAAGUCACUUGGCUCUGUCAUAUCCUCACAUGGCCUCUCCUAUCAUUGCUACGCUGACGAUACACAACUAAUCUUCUCCUUUCCCCCUUCUGAUAACCAGGUGGCGAAUCGCAUCUCUGCAUGUCUGGCAGACAUAUCAGUAUGGAUGACGGAUCACCACCUCAAGCUGAACCCUGGCAAGACGGAGCUGCUCUUCCUCCCGGGGAAGGACUGCCCGUUCCAUGAUCUCGCCAUCACGGUUGACAACUCCGCUGUGUCCUCCUCCCAGAGUGCGAAGAGCCUAGGCGUGACCCUGGACAGCACCCUGUCGUUCUCCGCCAACAUCAAGGCGGUGACCCGCUCCUGCAGGUUCAUGCUCUACAACAUUCGGAGAGUACGACCCUGCCUUACACAGGAAGCGGCACAGGUCCUAAUCCAGGCACUUGUCAUCUCCCGUCUGGACUACUGCAACUCGCUGUUGGCUGGCCUCCCUGCCUGUGCCAUUAAACCCCUACAACUCAUCCAGAAUGCCGCAGCCCGUCUGGUGUUCAACCUUCCCAAGUUCUCUCACGUCACCCCCCCUCCUCCGCACACUCCACUGGCUUCCAGUUGAAGCUCGCAUCCGCUACAAGACAAUGGUGCUUGCCUAUGGAGCAGUGAGGGGAACGGCACCUCUGUACCUUCGGGCUCUGAUCAGUCCCUACACCCAAACGAGGGCAUUGCGUUCAUCCACCUCUGGCCUGCUGGCUCCCCUUCCUCUGCGGAAGCUUAGCUCCCGCUCAGCCCAGUCAAAACUGUUCGCUGCUCUGGCACCCCAAUGGUGGAACAAGCUCCCUCACGACGCCAGGACAGCGGAGUCACUCACCACCUUCCGGAGACAUUUGAAACCCCACCUCUUUAAGGAUUACCUGGGAUAGGAUAAAGUAAUCCUUCUACCCCCCCCCCCCCCCCCCCCCCCCCCCCACAAAAUAAAAUAAAAUAAAUAAAUAAAUAAAAAAUAUAUAUUAAAAAAAAGGUAACUCUGGGUCUUCCUUUCCUGUGGCGCUCCUCAUGAGAGCCAGUUUCAUCAUAGCGCUUGAUGGUUUUUGCAACUGCACAUGAAAAAACUUUCAAAGUUCUUGAAAUGUUCCGUAUUGACUGACCUUUAUGUCUUAAAGAAAUUAUGGACUUUCGUUUCUCUUUGCUUAUUUGAGCUGUUCUUGCCAUAAUUUGGACUUGGUCUUUUACCAAAUAGGACUAUCUUCUGUAUACCACCCCUACCUUGUCACAACACAACUGAUUGGCUCAAAUGCAUUAAGAAGGAAAGAAAUUCCACAAAUUAACUUUUAAGAAGGCACACCUGUUAAUUGAAAUGCAUUUCAGGUGACUACCUCAUGAAGCUGACUGAGAGAAUGCCAAGAGUGUGCAAAGCUUUCAUCAAGUCAAAGGGUGGCUACUUUGAAGAAUCUCAAAUAUAAAAUAUAUUUUCAUUUGUUUAACACUUUUUGGGUUAGUACAUGAUUACAUAUGUGUUAUUUCAUAGUUUUGAUGUCUUCACUAUUAUUCUACAAUGUAGAAAAUAGUAAAAAUAAAGAAAAACCCUGGAAUGUAUGUCAAAUGUGACAUAACCCACUAUGUCAAAUAUGACCAAAACCUGUGCUUUAUAAAGGGUGGCAUAAGCAAUGUUUAAUAAAUGAUUUAUAAAUCAUAUUAAAUUGAGGCUACACAAAGCAUUAAUAACCUUGUCAUGCAUCUUUCUAGAGCAUUGCAAUGCCAGGAUAGUGGGUUAGAUUGCUGGGACCAACCAUAUGUACGCAUGACUGUAAGUCGCUUUUUCUGCUAAAUUGUAUAUAUUAUAUUACUCAAAACAUGUCUAGGAUGGCCCAACCUCUUUCCCUCUUGGGUGCAUAGCCAAUAUUGGACCUGACCUCAACUUUCCCUAAACUGCAGGAUGACAUACACUCUAAAGUGCUGACUUGCACAGCAAAAAACAACAUCCGUUAAAAUGUUUGCCUAAUUAAUUUUCCCCCUCAAAUUCCGUUUUCUCUUUUUUGUUUUUCCAGGUUUCAGAUUUCCUCCUAUUUGUUCUGGUUUUACCCCAGUUCACACUUUUUUAAUAGAAAAACAACAACAUUUGAUUUUCUGUGUACAGAACAAUGUUUAAAUCACAUCGGGACGACUUUUGAGUUCUGGGAAAAAUCUAAGAAACUUUGAUUUUUGAGUUUGGUUGCCCUUUAAUUCAGUGUGCAUGCCCUUCACUGUUGUUUGGUUAGCGGUGUUUCUGUAUGCAGUAAGCGCACAUGUGAUGAGUUCGCAAAUCAAAUGCCCACUUGUGGUGCCACUGGACAGCGAAAGCGAGUAAGUUAACCUUUAGUUAUUGUAAUUUAAAUUAAUUUGUAGUAGUUAAGUGUUGAGUUAGAUUACCUAGCUACCUCAUUAAUUAUUUCAAAUAAUUUUGGUGAAUUCACAGCAAAUACUAGCUAGCUAGAUAGCUAGAGGAGAGAAGAUAGAUAGCUAGCUAAUGGAAUUUACCUAGCUAGCAGGCUUAGCUAAAUAAAACUCCCCCUAGAUACAGUCUCUUCUCAUAGUCACGUCGUGAGAUUUGUAAAUGAAAGAGGAAAAUGAUAAUUCUAAUCGAAAGGAGUUUUCCAUCUCCCCAUUUAGAGUAUUUCUGGCACAGCACAGAAAUGCCCUUAUCCAGAUGGUGUGACAAAGGCAUUUCCUAACAGACCUGCUAACUUUCUUUGUUGUUACUUUUAAGGUCUGAACCAACAUGCAGUACCUCCAGCAGGCAGAGAGGCAAGAACCAUUCGUCCGCCAGCUCAGGGAGAAGCUACACUAUUCACAGCCCUGUGUAAUGUUCAAUUUAAUUGCAUUGCUGGACUUUUUUAAACUUAAUGUAUUUGUAUUGUUUUAAAAAUGUAAAAAUAAAAGGACAUGUAUGGUUUGAACAUGUCUUUAAUGUUUAUUUGUUUGAGCUGUUCGUGAUAAUUCCCAAAGUGUUAAUACAUUUGUGUUCACAUCAUUAAGCCUUUAUGUAUGUGUUAUGAAUGACCAAAGGGUUCUGACUUUAAAUUAAGUACAGCGUCAUGCGAUAUAGAGUCUUUAUGGAUGUGUUAUGAAUGACCGAAGGUGUCUCACUUCAAACUAAGUAUUACAGGACACUACAUAAAAUGUCAAUAAAUAGGUUAACGAUCUGCUGAUUUAUGAAGGUUCUCUCAUGAUCCAAAGGUUACUGUAGAGUGUGAGAGGUAUUUAAAUGGGUUGAUGGACCUGCAAAGCUUGCAUUUGUUUGUGUGUGUGUCAGACCCAAGAUAAUUUGGAGUUGUCCAACCUGAGACUACCUCAACAGGUAUUCCUCUUUUGUUCCCAUACUGGAGACCAGGGCUUGAUUACUACCUGUUACAAUGGUGCCAACAUUUUGUGGCUGAUCUUUCAGCGAGGGAGUGGGUGAAUGUAUCAAAGACCUGACUGGGCCCAACACUGCACGGUAUGGCUCAUUAUAUUGAUGUGUGUGUUUUUAACUUGGUUCCAGAAGAAAGCCACUUUCAAUUUCCUUAUGUUGGGGCCGGGGGCUUUCAUCAAGGUAAGUGUUUCUUGGUGUAACCUCGUCCCCUGGCUAUUGCGCACACAGCACAUAUAAGCCUGCGAUAUCAUCCAUUCAAAGUUGGCCUUAGUGGAAGUGACCAUAUAAUUCUAUGGGAGUGACCACACUGAGUAAAGUAUUUGUCAUAAGGCUAUGUCCUUUGCUAGAAAAAACAUUCCCCUUGGUCGUCGCUAGUUAACACAGCCACAAGGUCAUAAUUAUAGCUAAACCUUGCUCAUUUCCACAAUGAUUUUAAAUCUAACCCUAACCUAGAAGGCCAAGUUUGAUGCGUUGGUCCACCAGACCUUCCGCGCAUUUUCCCGAAAGUGUCUGGGAACGAGAUUAGGUGUAAUGUGACUAACAUGACUUCACUUUAGAGCGUAUGCCUUCCUUCAGCACAACAUGUCACCCUUUAUAAAGCACAUGCUUAUAUCAUAUUCGACAUAGUGGGUUAUGUCACAUUUGACAUUUGUGGUUAUGUCACACAGUUAUGCCACAUUUAUGAACCCUUUAUAAAGCAUGACAUACGGUUAUAGAUGCUUUGUAACACAUUUAUGUAGCGCUUAUGAAGGCUUUCUGAAGCCUUUAUAAGCUGAACGUCAUUUAAAGUGGGACCUACUUGUCAUUUGAUAUGUUAAACCUACCCUUUGGAAUGACUUCGAUAGCAACACUGAAUCUAUUUAGUUAUUAAGAGAUCCCUCGAUAAUCAUUCUCAAGAUAGCACAUUGAUAGUAGUCAGUGACAAAUGUCAAAGCUAAGCAUGGUUAGGCUUGGUUAAAACCCUGGAUGGGAGACCAAAUGGACAGCUGUAGAUAGAUUAACUCUCCAAUAGGAGGUGCUUCCCAGCCAAUAGUUUUUUUUCUGAUAGUGGAUAUAACGUUGUUUCAAAGGUACAAAUUCAACAUAUGUUAUACAAGGUUUGUCGAUGUAGAAAAUUGGUUAGCAUAAUGACAAUCCUGUGGUUGAAAUUUCACCCUCAAAACAACAGUUUACGUUGAUUACUUUUUGGUAUUUUCAACAUAGAUUCCACGUCCAGCAAACAUAGGCUUCAUAACGUAACAGCUACUUUGUUUAAGGGUGGUUUGCAGAGUGUUGUAACUUGUGUACAUUAUUUUCCAGGAGCUGGAACAUGGUGGCCACACUGUCCAACUCGCUGCAGUGAAAUAGCGGAAAGCCUGUUUCCUCCUCCUCUCCUCCAGUUCUCCUCUUCUCCUCCUGUUUGGCUUAUGUCCCCCUCAGGCCAGGCCACAUUAAGGCACAAGGCUUUAGGUUCUACAACCCCUAGGCACAGAGCACAGAGGAAGGAAGGGCUCAGGUUUAGCUUGGCACCCAAACCGCCACACCAGGACAUCGCUAGCUGCGACCACCAGCUGCUCGAAACCAGAGACCAUGCCAGGCAGGCACCCGGACUGGCAGAAUGUGCAUCCUGGCGAGGCCCGUGCCCUUUUCCCUUUUUCCUUUCUCCCCUUGAGUGGCUAUAAUGAGAAAGUCCUGCCCGGCUAAAAGGUUGAUGAGUUUUGGACCGGUGCUCCAAUGCCGGUAAAUCGUUACUUUUUGAGGACCCAAAGCGCCGGGAAAACAGAUACGUCAUUGUGAAAACACGUGUGACUGGUCGAACAAUCAACACCCAGGGUCCUCGGCGCUGCCAACACUCAUUACCAGACUUUUAAAGCUUUUCCUCUUUUUAAUGGUGAGGUUUGGGCCCACUGCUUGGGAAGUUUGAUGGAACUCUAUUCCAAACCAGCACAUUGUUUCCAUAAUAACUUAAUGAACCUGCUUAGGAUUAUUUUGCACAACUGAAGCAAAGCUUGACUUAGGUAACGAAUGGGGAUAGUGGCUUUUCGUUGGGAAUUUUGUUAAGGCGUAGUGGGGAUGGAUGAAGUUAGCUUCACUAAUCAUUGUUAAUCAUUCUUAUUACACAAAGCGAUUAGCAAGUUUGACUGCUUUUGUUCAGCUUGGAUUCUGUUAGAGUCUGCUGGGCCUAUGAACAAGAGGCCAGUUCUACAAGCCUCUUACGACCGCAAUGGAUUCUUCAGCCAAAAAUAUUAGCUUUGAUGUUACUAGCCAGAUGACCUGUAGACGUCACACGUUCGAGACAAAAAGCAGAAAUGACAAAAAUGCAGGCAAAAAAAAACUCCACACAAUACAACAUUAAUAAUAUUUGUAUCUGAGACAUGGGACUGUCAGUAAGAAGCAAUCAAGUGAAUCUGUGAAUGGCUGCCCCAGCAGAGCACAGCACACCUGUAUCGGCUAUCCCAGAGACUCAGAGAUGGGGGGGCGUCUCUUGCCCUGGUGACUGAGAGAGAGGGUGGGAGGGGAAGUCUUUCUCUCUCUCUAUAUAUAUAUAUAUAUAUAUAUAGAGAGAGAGAGAGAGAGAUAGAGAGAGAGAGAGGAGAGAGAGAGAGAGAAGAGAUAGAGAGAGAGAGAGAGAGAGAGAGAAGAGAGAGAUGAGCAGGAUCUCUAGCGCUCUCUCUCGAGCUGCUCUCUCGUCUCGCUAUCAUAUUAUCGAGCUCCUGGUACUAUCGCGUUCUCUCUCUCGCUCUCUCGGCUCUCUCUCUCUCUCUCUCUCGCUCUCUCUUCUCUCUCUCUCCUGGUCUCGCUCUCUGCUUCUCUCUCUCUCCUACGUAUAGAGAGAGAGAGAGAGAGAGAGAAGUCCUGCAGAAUAACAUCUCCUUGACUUGUUAUAACUUUUUUUGUUGUUAAGAGCGAGAUGGACAUGACUAAAUUAGCAAAAAAAUGUAUAGGUAAUCUAAUUGUACAACUGAAGUCAAAAACAGGAGGAAAAGAUUGACAGAGAGUGAGGUAAAAGACCAAUCUUCAUCGUGGGUAGCUAGCAAAUUAAAAUCUGUCAGCUAGCUCACCGUCCAGCUCUAAACCGUUUACUGGUGGUAACCAUAGCAACAUGGCCACUGAGGCAAGCGCUAGCAUCGAUAGUAACGGCAGAGACUGAGAGACUUUCUCCGUUGUUUUUUUGAAUACCCCAGCAGAAAUAAAAUCAGAGAAGGGAAGAAUCAACUUUAAACACCGAAUUCUGAGGGAAAACCCAGAAACUUUGUUUGCUGACUGCUCACAAAACGGGACUGUUACAAACCUGCUAUUUUACACAGACCACACUACUGCCUGGCAUACAGCUGUAACUAGCCAUUUCAGCUACACCACGAAGAAAGGCAUCUGCAAGGGAAGACAAAUCCACAUUUUUGAGGACAGCGAUAAGGACCAGGAAAACAGGUUUCUGACGGUAAACAUGUAUCAGAACGGUACUAUCAUGGUCCAGGGCAGUGAGGCUGCACUCAGCUCUGUUGUGCAGGACUUCCCCACCCUAAUGAAGAUAGCAGAAAGUAAAAAAGACAAGGACAGCACCCUGACCUCUCCCCUCACCUCAGGCACCCCAACAGCAGGACUAUCCUCCCCCCUGCCUGCCUACAACCACCAGAGCCAAGACCACACUACCAUCAGCCUGUUGAGAGACAGGCUGGCUCUGUUAGAGGUAUGGGUUACUGAGCUGAAGGAGCAGCCCCCCAGCUACACCACCCCCCAGCCCAGACACAGAGCUUCUACAGGACCAGAUCAACCAGUGCAGGACCCAGCUGAAGAACUCUGUCCAGGAGCUGAGAGAGAGCCUUACCACAGCGCUUGAGGAGGUAAAGGCCACCAUGAGGAGAGAGCUAGUGCAGGUAAAGGAGGAGAUGGCAAAGGAGUUGUCUGUCAUCAAGAGGGUGCUACAGCAGAGAGAACAGACUGUAGAGACUCCCAGAGAGAAGCUGCAGCCCCUCACCACCCCUAACAACCCCACUGACCCACCUUUACCCACAAUCCCCCCCCCAUAA